AUGGCGCUCGGAGGGGUGCGCACCGGGGCCCAGGAAACAGCCCACCGCAGCGCCUGGCGCACCGGGCAGCACAGCUUCCUGGUGGCUCCGGGCCGGGGCUCCCGCAAGCGCUCGGCAGCCUGGUCGUACUCGCCGCCGCACCUGGGCCUGCAGGCCCGGCCCCUGCCCACGCCACCCCUCAGCCCUGCGCAUGAAACGGCCCCAGGAAGGCCCGCGUGGGACCCUGCCGGCCAGUCCCACCCUCUGGGUGCCGUCUACACCGAAGGAGGCUUCGUGGAAGGUGUGAACAAGAAGCUCGGGCUCUUCGGCGACUAUGUGGACGUCUUCAAGGGCAUCCCCUUUGCUGCCCCCCCGAAGCCCCUGGAGAAACCCCAGCGCCACCCUGGCUGGCAAGGGACCCUGAAGGCCAAGGACUUCAAGAAGCGAUGCCUGCAGACCACCAUCACGCAGGGCAGCUCGUACGGGGAGGAGGACUGCCUCUACCUCAACAUCUGGGUCCCCCAGGGCAAGAAGGAAGUCUCCCAGAACCUGCCCGUCAUGGUCUGGAUCUUCGGGGGCGCCUUCCUCAUCGGGUCCGGCCAGGGGGCCAACUUCCUCAAAAACUACCUGUACGACGGAGAGGAGCUGGCCACGAGGGGCAACGUCAUCGUGGUCACCUUCAACUACCGCGUCGGGCCGCUGGGCUUCCUCAGCACCGGAGACGCCAACCUGCCAGGUAACUACGGGCUCUGGGACCAGCACAUGGCCAUCGCGUGGGUAAAGAGGAACAUCGCGGCCUUCGGGGGGGACCCCAACAGCAUCACCAUCUUUGGGGAAUCGGCUGGAGGCGCCAGCGUCUCCCUGCAGGUUUGGGGGCUGCUGGAGGGAGACCCCUGCCCAGCGGCUUGGGAGGAGGCGGGGGAGGGUGGGGCUGAGCGUAUCGCCGGGAAGGUGGGCUGCCCCGUGGACGACACCUCCAAGCUGGCCAACUGUCUGAAGAUCACAGACCCCCGUGCUGUGACAAUGGCCUACAAGAUGCCCAUGGUGGGCAUGGAGUACCCCCUGGUGUACUACCUCGGCUUCCUGCCCGUGGUGGACGGGGACUUCAUCCCCGAUGACCCCAUCAACCUGUUCGCCAACGCGGCCGACGUCGACUACAUCGCGGGCACCAAUGACAUGAACAGCAACUACCUGGAGAUCAACAAGAACAUCGACGCCAACUCCAUGAAGCAGCACCUGAGGGCCGAGUUCCUGCACUACUGGACCCUGACCUACCAGGCGCUGCCCACAGUGGACAGCCAGGGGCCCGUCCCCGUGCCCCCCUCCGAGGACUCCGAGGCCGCCCCCGUGCCCCCCUCCGAGGACGUUGAGGGGGUUCACAUGCCCCUAGUCAUCGGAUUCUAA